AUGGAAGACGCAAGAACAGGUCCUGGAAAUUCUGACAGAGCUUGCAGAAUGAUCUGGCAUUUGCAAAUUCGCACAGAAAAAAAGAUGAACAGGGUAUAUCAAAGGAUCAAAGAACAGAAAAUACAAAAAGCUGAAGCAAAGCAUGAUAAUCUAAUAACUUUUGUCGUUUUAGGAGCAAAGCAUAUCGGGAAGACGGCACUAGUCAGACGGUUCAUACAUGGCUCAUUUUCGCCCACGUAUACACCAACCAUAGAAGACUGUUACUUCAGAACAUUUUAUAACAGAUAUUCAGGAACAUUUUCAAACAUUCGUAUUAUCGAUACUUCAGGGUAUUAUCAUUUUCCUGCUAUGCAGCGAUUGGAUAUGAGCAAAGCGAAUGUGUUGUUGCUCGUCUAUGAGGUUAGGAAUGUUCAAAGCAUGCAGAGGGCCAUAGACCUUUAUAAAACUGCUAUGGAUGUUCUGGAAGGUCGUCCGCCAGUUCCCGUUGUUUUCAUUGGAGCAAAAAUCGAUACCGAAAAGGAUACGGAUAAUUACAAAGCGGAAAUGAUCGAGAAAUUCAUCCAAGAACAUGUAAGCGCGUACUGCCGCCAUUUACUGACAUCAGCAAGGCUGGAUAUUAAUGUGGACGAAAUUUUUGACGUCGCCCUGUUAUUGCUGGAAAGACUGCGAACAUGGGUGUGUUUAUUUUCACACAGAUAAUGUGGGCUUUCGCUUAUGAAGAAACAAGUUGAAGGGAAACGUCUAUAAAAAUCUGCAUCCAAUCUCUUGUUUAUAUGCUUUUGUUCACGCACAAUUUCUUAGACUGAAUAACACUAUUUAUAUCAAUGUACGACAGAAAAGGCUAAGACUAGUGAUUUCAAUUUCAGGAGUAAAUGGGUAGGUGAAUUUAAUAAGCGUCACAACAUACUCUAACUCUAAUCUUAUGUUUUUAUAAUCUUAAUGCUUAUUACUGCAUGAGAAAAACGUUAGAUUGGCUGGACUCUACUUCACUGCAGAUUAGAGCUAGCUGUUAAGAAGAGUUCAAGACAGUAGAAAAAAAAUAGUCAAAAAUUUGCAAAUGUUAGAUUUGAUCAUAACAGUUUAUGAGAUAGAUUACAAACUAGAGUUGUGUUGAUUAAGUAUUCAAAAUGUAUAAUUCCUUGAAAAAGCGCCACAUACGUAGGCCUGAAGUUCGUUGUUUUAAGUUCGCGAGAUGAAGAGCAAAGUGUGCGCUUAUUUAAGUGUGCAAUGUGCGCUUCAUAAAAAACUCGGUUCAAGGGUGUGCGUCUAUUCGAACGUGUGUACUUUUUCAAGAAAGUAGGGUAGUUAGGUUGGUGUCUGAAAGAAUCGAAUGCUUUGUGUCUCUGAAUUCCAAGAACUGUUCGUCGUCAGAUAACGCGAGCUUUCAGAGAAAAGAAUAAUUCUUCGAAUUAUAGAAAAUCCGGACUGUGCCAAUAUUGGCCAAAACAAUGAUAAUUUUGAAUUUUAAAACUUUUGAACGAAUUUUCAAAUCACGAGACAGCCUUACCUUUGGCAUUCGACUGUAUUGUCCAGGAUUCUUUCAUAUUCAACUACCUAGAGACCCGAUAUAACUAAACUCAGCUUCCACAUCCUUAAGUUAUUUAAAAACAAUGCGAAUAACCAUACAAUAAUAUUUAUAGGUAAACUCGAAUAAAAAGCCGGUUUAAAAAUACUUUUUUGGAUAUUGCUUAUCAACAGUAUUUAAAUGUAUUCUAUUUUAUAUUUUCCCGUCAUUUAUUUUAAACAUUACAAAAAAAUUUCUAAACAUUCUACAAGAUCCUUAAUAAAGUCAUUCUGUGAUGAACUGAAGGCUAAGAUGUUAUUUAGUAAUUUGAUAUUGUCGUUAAUUGUAGACUUCCUUGCUACCUCUUUCCCAGCAGACUAAAAAAUAAUAAUAUUUUGAUGCACUCAAUGAUCGUAUUUAUACAGCAGUACUGGAAUUCAAAGUAUCAUGAAAUAUUAGCCAAGAAGCAAAAUAUGCAUAAUUAAUGCAAAAAAUAACCAUACAUGUAAAACCCCGUAUUCAUAUUAACUUCAUUCCUGUAGCACGUCAUUGCAGAUAAACAUGGGAUAAAUAUAAGAUUGUCCCAUUUGCCAACACGGGCACAAAAAUUACGAUAAUUGACGGUUGAAACGCGACUUAAGAGCAUUUAUAAAAAAACCGUUAGUCAACUGUUAGUCACUGUUAGUCAUGACUGUAGUCAACCAGAAACAGAGUAAACUCGGCAAAAAGCCAACUCACAGCAGUCAGUUGAGAUCCUGUUUAACUCAAAAACGAUUUCAAAUUGCUAUUAAAUACAUUUAUCUUGCUGAUAGGCGUUUUAAGAGAUGUCUCCAAGCAAAGAAACAUAAAAGCGUCACUUGGGUUUGACUGGAAUAGACCUUCCCCAAAUUACGUCAUGGCGCAAUGCAUUCUGGUACUUGUAGUUAAACCCGCGAAUAUCUGUUUAUGUUUUGUACGGCGAUCAAACGAAGUUCUGUUAUUAUCCAACGCUCUUUGCUCGAGUAAUCAAACAAAUAAUGGGAAAUACGGCAGAAUGUACCGAACAGCACAUCCCUAGUUUUUCUCAAAGCUCUUGCCUGAAAAUCAGCGCUGCAGAAAGUCGUUCCGACGGCAAUUUGACAGCGAUCAACGAUGUCACUAUCUAUUUCGUCACUAUUCGUGCACAAUGCAGCAAAAGGAAUCGGACAAGUUAACAAGGAAAUAGAAUUAUGAGUGAGAACUA